GAGAGGAAGCUGAGGAAGAGGAAGGGGGGAAGAAGGCCGGCAGGAAGGAAAGAGAAGAUUCCGAAGGUGGCCGGCCUCUUUGACCGACCCACCAAGGAUUUCUUUCUCUCGAUAAAAGGAGGCAAUCGUCUUCCUCCUCUCUCCAUCCUCCGUAUUCUCUUUUCCUGCGCCGGGAGGCCAUUCCCUCUGAGAUUGAGAAAACACAGAGUCAGGCAUGGGAACCGAGGUCUUGCGUCCCCAGGACUGUCUCAACCACCGCCUCAACCUCCCCGUCACGGUACCCCGUCGGAGAUGCUCUCCGCCGGCAGGGAACCCGCCCAGAUCUGGUAGCCGGAAGCCCGCCGAUCUCUCCUUCCACCAAAAGAAGCAGCAGCCCUCCAGGAGAGGGACGGAAGGGACCCCCCUUGCCGGAAAACCGCCUGGAAAAAACGCGACCGCAAAGAAUGGUACCAUGGGUCGGGUCACCAUCUUGAAGAGAGGGCAAUCCCUCGAUUGCAUCAAGGCGUGCGAUCCUCGGACGAACGAGAGCUUAGCCGGCGAACUCAUCGUCUCCACUACCGACCGUCUGGGGCCAGAUCCGUCCUUCAUCCCGAGGCAGAUUGGCCUCACCGCCACCACCCUUCCGCGGCCGGUGUACGCCGGCUCAGCCUUCUCUCUCUCGCCUUCCCCGAGCUCUUUGCCUCUCCCCACCUUCUUCUCUGUUAAGAAGUGCUUCGAGGACUCCGCGACCAAGGAUCUCCGGCGCCUUCUCCGGCUCGACUAGGGGUCCUCCUCCUCCUCCUCCUCUACAAAUAUCCGCAGUUUCGCCUAAACUCUCUCCCCAUUUCACAACGUCCUCCCGUUCUGUAUUUUUUUGGCAACGGGAGGGCUGAGCGAAUUAGGAGAAUAGAUGGGUUGUGGCGAAAGCAAUUCCCCCUCAACUCAACAGACGGAUCUCCUCUUCCGUCCGAAUCAUAAAAAUUUAGGCCCUGCAAGGCUGUUCUUGGUGUUAAUUUAAUUCUCCUUUUCUGAUCUUAGAACAAAUGAUAGUGGAGGUCUGUCUUCUGCGUCUCUUCCCUCCCUCUUUGGAUCUGUGCUUCUCUCCUACCUUUUAGCGAAUAAAGAAACCCAUGAAGAAAGAAGCCCGAUCUGGUGGUGGUUGUUGAUGCGUGGUGUAUGGAGGUAAGAGGCGGGCACGCCCAAGCUCAGAGCGGUCGUCCUCGUCCAUCGACGGACGGACUGUUCGCCACCAAUCAGAUUGUAUUUCCUCCGAUGUAUCCAUGCUGCUGAUAAGUUGAAUUGAAUGUUGUCGAUGAUGGUAAAUAAAAUGGAAUUUAGAUUUA